UUAGACAUAUCCCACGCACCGACAAACUGCCCAAACUGAUAUAGAGUUGGCGCGAUGGGCUGUGGAGGUAGCAAGAACACUGCCGCCCAGCCUGUUCCUAGUGCUCAGAUUGAUUCACCGGUCAAGGAUCCAGUCAAACCGCAGGAGAAGAAACCUGAUCCUUCCCCAAAACCUGCGCAGCCUCUGUCAACCGACCCUAAGCCUUCGGCUCCUUCUCUGAGCUCGUCGAGUCAGAAGCAAGAAAGCAGUCCCCCUGUGCCCGUGCAAGUUGUCGCAGCUCCAGCUCCAGCUCCAGCUCCGGCUCCGGCUCCGGCUCCAGCACCUGCAGCCGACGCUGAAGUGAAAGCGAAAGACGUCUACAAGCCAUCCCCGUUCAAGGCGCUUCCGUCCGUUGUCAGCUGGUACCCUAUGAAGGCUGUCGCAGCUGCAAGUCCAGCCGUUAUGCCAGCCAAGGUGGAGACCCUGGAGGAGGGGAACCCAGCCGUGGGUGUGGAGACUGUGAAGCAAGAAGCUGCUGUUGUCAAAGAUCAGGUGCCGGACAAGUACACAAUCAUCCUGAUCCGCCACGGAGAGAGCCAGUGGAAUGUUGAGAAUCGCUUCACGGGAUGGGUAGACGUGCCUCUGGCGCCUUCGGGGGAAGCAGAGUCUCAUCGAGCAGCCAAGGCGAUCGAGCAGGAGAAGCUGGGCAUCGACGUGGUGUAUUCAAGCGUUCUAAAGCGCGCGAUCAAGACCGGAAUGAACAUCCUGGAGGACCUUGACUUGAUGCACAUUCCUAUCAUCAAGCGCUGGAAGCUCAACGAACGGCACUACGGUGCUCUCCAGGGACUGAACAAGAAGGAGACGGUUGAGAAGCAUGGGAUGGAGCAGGUCAAUGUCUGGAGGAGGUCAUACGAUACUCCUCCUCCAGCCAUGGAGGAGGAUCACGAGUUCUGGCCAGGGAAGGACCCGCGCUACAAGGAUGUCAGGCCUGCCGAACUGCCCAAGUCGGAGUCGCUCAAGGACGUUGUUAACAGGUUCAUGCCUCUCUGGGAGGAAGAGCUCGUUCCUGAGAUCAGGUCUGGCAAGCGUCUCCUCAUAGCCGCCCAUGGAAACACGCUCCGAGCGCUGGUGAAGCACCUGGACAAGAUCCCCGAGGACGUCAUCACCGGCCUCAACAUCCCCACAGCCGUUCCUCUGGUCUACGAGCUGGACAAGGAGCUCAACCCCAUCAAGAGCGACCGCUCCUGGUCUCCUCUCUCGGGGUACUACCUCGGCGACGAGGAGGAGAUUCGAAGAGCCAUCGAUGGAGUCUCCAACCAGACCGCUGCCUCUCCUUCCAAGGAGCCGCCAGCCGUCCCGGCCCCGGAAGAGUUGUCUUCCAACCCAGCCCCGGCCGCUGAGUCUUCCACCGGGUCGGCCCAGGCCGAGUCUUCGGCCCCGGCCCCGGAUGUCGAGAAGCCGGCCGAGUCCGUCAAGUCAGUCGCAACGUUCAGCUCUCUUCCAUCUGUAGUCUCAUGGUAUGGCAAGUGAUGGCGAGAUGCUUGAGGGCACAUGUUGUACGACUAUGAUGCCUGAAUGACGUGGCACAAGCUUCUCAGCCGCUUGCUCCGCCCACUCUCCUUCAUAGCUUCGCGGCUACACCCUUGCACAAGGCAGCAGGAGAGCCUGAGGAGAGAAUCUUUACAGCUGUAGAGGAGAUUGCUGCGAGAUUAAAAUGAUUGCCGGAUUCUC